UUACGUCAUCGCGUUACGCCUGCCAGGUCUCUCUCUUCGUUUGUGUGCGUGGGUUAUCGCCAUUUUGUUUUCUGGUCAACCGAAAGUAUCUUGUUGGUGCAAAUAUCUGUUUUUAAACUUUGUUACACCGCUGUUUGAUAAUGGCAGACGGUUCAUCAGAUGUUGAAGUAGGAGAGACCCGGAAAUUGAGCGACUUACGGGUGAUUGAUUUGAAAGCAGAGUUAAAGAAAAGAAACCUGGAUUGUAAUGGGAAUAAGAGCGCCUUAAUGGAAAGACUAAAGAAGGCAGUAGAAUCGGAAGGUGGAAAUCCUGAUGAAAUCCAGAUUUCACAAGAAACCCCGUCUAGGAAAAAUCAGAGAAGAAGUGGAAAGGGGCGAAGACCUGAGGAUGACGGUGGUGAAGAUGGGCAGGAAGAAGAUUCUGCUGAUGGACAGGAUGAAACUGAUGAAACUGACAAUUCCAUGUCGCAAGCGACUGAAAAAGUUAAAGAUUCAGAAGAAACUUCAGUGGAGACAGAAAAUGAGAAAAUAGACAACGGUUUGAGGGAAACUUGUAAAUCUGAGCCUCUUAAGGAAGACUCUUCAGAUCAGAAGCCUCUCGAGCAUGCUGCUACAGUGGACCAUUCACAGAAAGAUGGAGAGGAAGGCAGUCAGGCCGAGGAUGGGGUUGCUGUAGGUUUGAACAGUGAGUCAACACCAGAUGCUGUCAAAAAACAAUCAGAAGAGUUUGAUUUAGAGUUGAAGGAGAGCCAAGCAGAGUCGUCCAGUGACGAGAAGAAGGAUUCCAGUGCGACAUUCACAGAAAACGUAGAUGAGGCUGCUGAACCAUCACGGAAGCUAGAAUCCUCUUCUGAAGACCAGACAGACAGGAUAGAAAAAGGAGCUGAAUCGGAAUUCGCAGGAAAACCGGAGAGUGUAGAAGUUGAAGAUAAAGGUGAAGAGUCUGCUGAGCCUAGAGAGUCCUCUACCAUUGAGGGUGGUGAUCAGAAAAUGAGCGCUGACAAAGAAGACAAAGAUGAAAAGAGUGUGACCAAGGAAGAAGCCCAUUCUGGUAAAAACCUUUGGGUGAGUGGCUUAUCGUCGUCAACAAGAGCUACAGAUUUGAAGACCCUUUUCAGCAAGCAUGGGAAGGUGGUGGGUGCAAAAGUUGUGACAAAUGCUCGUAGCCCUGGUGCACGCUGUUAUGGUUUUGUUACCAUGUCUACAACUGAGGAAGCAAGCAAAUGUGUUAGUCAUCUUCACAGGACUGAAUUACAUGGAAGGAUGAUAUCAGUGGAAAAGGCUAAGAGUGAGCCUGCUGGGAAAAAAAGUGACAAAGAAAGUGAAUCCAGUAAAGACUCAAGAUCACAUAGAAGUGACCGACAUCACUCUGCAGAUUCCAGGUCAUCAAGUAGAAGAGAUGAUUCAAGGAGAACAGAUAAAAGGGAUGACAAGGAUAAAAAAGAUAAAGAUAAAAAAGAUGACCACAGGCGAUCAGACAGAACCAGGAGUAGCAAGUCAGGGAGUCGAGGCACAGAAAGAACAGUAGUAAUGGAUAAAUCAAAGGGUGAACCGGUGAUCAGUGUGAAGACUAAAUCCAAGUCAAGAGAAAGAACUUCCAACUCUUCGGAGAAAAAAUCCAGUAGUAAAGACAAGAGUGACAUUCUUUCAUUUGAUAAAAUCAAGGAAAUUAGGGAGCGUGAACGCCAGCGUCAACAAGAACGAGAAAUUCGUGAAAUAGAGAGACGCAGGGAGCGGGACCGUAGAGAACGUGAUCGCUUAAGAAUGAUUCGAGAAAGAGAGUCAAGAGAACAGCUUCGCAGAGAACGUGAACGGCUAGAGCUAGAAAGGCAGAAACUUGAAAGAGAACGUCUUGAGAGAGACAGGAUAGAGAGAGAAAGAAUAAGGAUAGAACAUGAAAGAAAACGGGAGCAAGAACGUAUUCUGCGAGAACGUGAUGAAUUACGGAGACAACAGGAUCAGCUCCGGCUGGAACAGGACCGUCGUCCUGUAAGAAGACCGUAUGAUGCUGAUAGUCGGAGGGAGGAAACUUAUUGGCCAGAGGCUAAGCGUAUGGCCAUGGAUGACCGUUACAGCCAUGGCUCAACAGAGUUCAGCCGUCCUGAACGCUUUAGUGAUUUUGACCAUAGGGACCGUACUACAGAAAGGAGAGAGCCCCCCAGAGUAGCAGUCGGGGACAGAGAGAAUUAUGGAGUUGAUCGCCAUGGACGUGAUGGAUGGGCAAGUUAUAAUGCUGAAAAACGAGUAAAUGAUAGGGGAGUACCACCACCUCCACCACCACCUAGAGAUGGUCGUGAUUGGGGAGAUCAUACACAAAAGUUGGAGGGACACCAAGAUCGUUCCUGGCAAGGUGGCAUGGAUGGUGGCAUGAUGGGUGGUGAUAGGGGAAUGCCAGGGCAACCAGGGCCAGGUCAUGUGAUGAAUCGGGGUGGAAUGGCUGGGUUUGGAGGCUACAUGCAGGGUGGAAACCCACAAGGCCCACCGGUCAACCAUCCAAUGAUGCAAGGUGGUGGUAUGCAGGCUGGAUUUGACCAAGACAGAAUGAACCGACCUAACGACCCUCGGUUUCCGCGACACUUCUGAACAUUUGCAAUUAAGACUUUUAUUGUAAAUUUGUGUGGUAGUGGUGGUCUGUAGUAGCCAGACUCCCUAUGUUGUGUAUAUAUUUUUAAUGUUCUGUUAUUGUAUAACAUAAAUGAAGUACAGACUGAUAAUUUUAUAUUUUUUCAUUCUUUUGAAGACUUGUCAUCAUGGGAACAUUCCAUUUGUUGGAAACAAAACAGUUUGCCUUUUCUCCGUUUUUUGCCUCUCCCACAUUUUUAGUGGUUGGUGCAUGAUUUUUAUUCAGUGUAAAGCUGAUCCAUAAACCUCCUUCAGAAGUUAAAUACUUUGCACCUUAAUUGUAUGUAUUAUCUAAAAGUUUGUGUUAAGUAAUUGAGAAACUUUUAAAGUUGGAAUGUUCUGUCAGGUUUGCUUUACUUGAAAACCAAGAAUUGUUUGCAUAAUUUUAAAUAAAACACAACUACACCAA